AUGGAGAAAAAGGCCCAUCCUCCCCACGUCAAAAUCGACGAAGCCGCGCCGUCCAACCUCUCCCUGCGAGCGGUCAACCCCGUCGAUGUGUCGGUCCAGGAUCUGUCGCUGCAAAUCGAUACCACGCCGCCCAUUUGGGAAACCCCACCGUCGCAGCUAUGGAGCCGCCUGCGCAGAAAAUCCCCGACCCGGACGCAGAAGACCGUGCUGGACGGGAUUACCGCCGCCAUGCCCCGUGGUAGUCUAACGGCCAUCAUUGGCAGCAGCGGGUCGGGGAAAACCUCGCUGCUGAACCUGAUGGCCGGCCGGAUGGGGAUGGCCAAGGCGCAGGUCUCCGGCGCCACGACCUUCAACGGGCAUUCGGACCUCGAGCGCGUCCGCUGCGCCUACCUCAUGCAAGAGGACGUGUUGAUUCCGACCCUGACGGUGCGCGAAACCCUGCGGUACUCGGCCGACCUGCGACUCCCGCCGCCGGCGACCCCCGACGAACGGCGCCAGAUCGUCGAGCAGGUGAUCCUGGAGCUGGGGUUGAAGGAGUGCGCGGACACGCGGAUCGGGACGAACAUCCACAAGGGCUGCAGCGGGGGCGAGAAGCGACGCACCAGCAUCGGCGUGCAGAUGCUGGCGAACCCGUCGGUGCUGUUCUGCGACGAGCCCACGACGGGCCUGGACGCGACCAGCGCCUUCCAGAUCGUCCGCACGCUCAAGCGGCUGGCGCAGGACGGCCGCACGGUCAUCGUGUCCAUCCACUCGCCGCGCUCCGAGAUCUGGAGCCUGUUCGACCGGGUGAUCCUCCUGGCGCGGGGGUCGGUGCUGUACAGCGGUCCGGCGGACGAGUCGGCGGCGCAUUUCGAGCGCUGCGGUCACCUCCUGCCUCCGUUUGUGAACCCCGCCGAGUUUCUAAUCGACCUGGCGGCGAUUGACAACCGCACCGAGGCAUUGGAGGCAGCGUCCUAUGCGCGAGUGGAUUCGCUGAAGGCCGCAUGGCGAUCGCGAAUCGCUGCGGACGAGGGAGGUAGGACGACGAAUGUGGCAGAGGAGAGCACACUGGCGAGCUCGGACGGUCAUCCCCCCGCGCGGGCUGUGUCGUUUAGGCAGCAGUUUCGUGUUCUGACGUCGCGGACGUUCAAGACGACGAUCCGUGACCCCAUGGGGAUGGCUGGGACUCUGCUGGAGGCUGUGGGAAUGGCUGUGAUCGGCGGGUGGAUCUUCCUGCAGCUGGACGAGAGUCAGGCGGGGAUCCGUUCGCGGCAAGGGAGUCUGUAUACUGCGAGUAGUCUGAACGGAUACCUGAUCCUGCUGUAUGAGACGUAUCGACUGACGAUCGACAUCCGGCUGUUCGACCGUGAAAGGAAUGAAGGGGUGGUGGGGGUGCCGGCGUUUUUGCUGAGCAGGCGAGCAGCUCGCCUGCCCCUCGAGGACCUGCCGGUGCCCGUGAUUUUCGCGGUCAUUUUUUACUUCAUGGUGGGAUACCGUCUGACGGCCGCCCAGUUCUUUAUCUUUUUGGCCAUCACGAUCCUCACGCACUACAUUGCCGUCACUUUCGCCGCCGUCAGCAUCAGCAUUGCCCGAAGCUUCCCGGGCGCCAGUCUGGUGGCCAAUCUGUCGUUCACGGUGCAGUCGUUCGCCUGCGGAUUCUUUGUCCAGUCGAACCAGAUCCCCGUGUACGUGCGAUGGCUCAAAUGGGUCGCGUACACCUUUUAUAUUUUCGGAGGGCUCUGCGCCAACGAGUUCAUCGGUCCCAAUGGCCCUCCGGGUGGGCAGUUCUACGCCUGCCCCUACUCUGACGACCCGGAGGACCCGGCCUGCACGCAGUACACGGGCCGAUACAUUAUGGAGAAUUUGGGGUUCCCGUCGGACUGGAUUUGGCGGCCCAUCGUGGUGAUGGUGUCCUUCGUGCUAGGCCACUACCUUCUCGCCGCCGUCCUGUUGCAGUACAAUACUUUUGCCGUCAACGUUGCUCAGGCGCGGGCCUCGGAUUCGGACCUUUCGGCAGGAAAAGAGAAGAUCGCCGUGCGAGAGGCCCAGGAAGCCCGCCGAGUGACCAUCUCGCUGGAGAACUACGCCAUGGACAUCCGCAAGCGAGGGUUCUUGAACCGGCCCUCACGCACUCUUUCCAUUCUCAAGCCAAUCGUCACCGAAUUCCAUCCCGAUCGGCUCAACGUUAUCAUGGGCCCUUCCGGCAGCGGAAAGACCUCGCUGCUCAAUUCCAUGGCGCGACGGCUGCACGGCUCCGUGGGUACCCAGUACCAGGUUCACGGUGACAUGCUGUACAACGGGGCCGCGCCGUCAGAGAGCGUGAUACGAUCCGUCACGUCGUUCGUGGCGCAGGACGACGACGCGCUGAUGCCGUCGCUGACGGUGCGGGAGAGUCUGCGCUUUGCCGCCGGUCUCCGUCUACCGCGCUGGAUGUCGCGCAGCGAGAAGUACCAACGAGCCGAGGAGAUCCUACUGAAGAUGGGGCUGAAAGAGUGCGCCGACACUCUAGUAGGUGGUGAGCUGGUCAAGGGGAUCAGCGGCGGCGAGAAACGGCGCGUGUCCAUCGCCAUUCAGAUCCUGACCGACCCUAAGGUUCUGUUUCUUGACGAGCCGACGUCCGGCUUGGAUGCGUUCACGGCGCAGUCUAUCAUCGAGGUUCUGCAGGGCCUCGCGGCAGAAGGGCGCACGCUCGUCAUGACCAUCCACCAGGCCCGGUCCGACCUUUUCCAGCACUUCUCCAGCGUGCUCCUCCUCGCUCGCGGCGGUUAUCCGGUAUACGCCGGGGAGGGCGCCCGCAUGCUCCCUUACUUCAGCGGCCUAGGCUACACCUGCCCCGAGACCACCAACCCCGCCGACUUCGUCCUCGACCUGAUAACCGUCGACCUGCAGGCUGCCGACCGCGAAGCGCUCACCCGCGAGCGAGUCCAAUCGCUCAUCGACAGCUGGAAUGGCGGAGAGAAAGCACUAUCGCUCGGUCAGGACACGCUUCGGCGUCCUUCGCAGAUGGCCACGCCUGCGGAGCUGGGGGGUUUGAAACGGCAAAUGCUGCCAUUUCGCACGACCUAUCCGCUCGUGCUGCGACGCGCGGCGAUCAAUUUCUGGAGACAGCCGGACCUGGUCAUGGCCAGGUCGAUGCAAGUCGUGGGGAUUUCCAUCAUCAUGGCGCUGUUCUUUGCGCCGCUGAAGAACGACUACGUGGCGGUGCAGUCGCGGAUGGGUUUUAUUCAGGAGUUUACGGCGUUGUACUUUGUUGGUAUGCUUCAAAACAUCGCCAUCUACCCGUCCGAACGCGACGUCUUCUACCGCGAGGCCCAGGACAGCUGCUACGCAACGACCACAUUCCUGGUGCAAUACACGACGCUCGAGAUCCCCUUUGAGAUCCUCUCGUCGCUCAUCUUCGGCGUCCUCGCCGCCUACGCCGACAACCUCACGCGCACGCCGCAGAUGUUCCUGAUCGCGUCGUUCAACUGCUUCUGCAUCAUCAACUGCGGCGAGUCGCUCGGCAUCAUGUUCUGCACGCUGUUCUCGCACGUCGGUUUCGCCGUGAACAUCACCUCCACUUUGCUCUCGAUCGCCACCAUCCUCGGCGGCGUGAUGAGCCUCGACGUCAACGUCGUCCUGAAGGGCGCCAAUUACCUGUCGCCGGUGAAGUACCUGGUCGCGAACGUCGCGGUGUACGGCAUGCGGGACCAGCGGUUCCAUUGCACCCCGGCGCAGUUGCUCGGGGACGGCAGCUGUCCGAUCGAGACCGGGACGCAGGUCUUGCAGUUGUAUGGGCUGGACGGGAACGGCGGGUUGAAUGUGUUGGGGCUGGGAGUUUGUGUGUUGGUUUAUCGGGCUAUUGCGUGGGGGGUGGUGCGGGCAAGGAUGUUUUUUCUUUCCGGUUGA